AUGGCUGGGCCGACUGAACCCAGAAGACGCCGUCGCCCAGCGUUGUCCUGCGUAGAGUGUCGGCGGCGCAAGGUCAAAUGCGACCGAAACAGCCCCUGCGGGCAAUGCAGAGCAUUUUGCACAUAUGGGGUAGCCCGCACCACAGGCUUAGAGAGACAGGCAUCACAACGGUCACACGAACCGGUGGUGCAAGCAGCAGCCGACCAAGACGCGAGCGUACUACAACGGCCUGCCUCCAGGUCGCACAAUCUAUUAAUUGACGAAAGCACUGUACCAGUGGUAUCUAUUGUGGCAGAGGGCCCUGCGCGAUGCAUCCCACAGGAUCCGGACAGAACCCACAAUAUCCCGCAAAUCUCUUCCACACCCCAAGCUCCUCCUCGCCCAUUUCACGGCAUCCUAUCCAAGACAAGGGUCUUUGGUCACGGUCAUUGGAUGAGCUCGGUGCCUCUGGUGGAUGGCCUACCUUACAACAAAGACAUGCCUUCUGAACGUUCUGGCGAACAGAUCUCAGAGGCAAUUGCCAAAUGCAAACAAUUGGCUCGAGAUAUUAAGAAGCAAUUGCCGAGUCGGAGUCCACUUCCUACCAGUAUCCAUCAACUCCUCCCCGGCCGCGUGGUGCUCGACGAACUAGUGCGACUGUAUUUCGACACGUUUGAAACAUGCUACCGAAUUCUCCACACUAAGUUGUUCAGAGCAGAAUACGAGAGCUAUCUGGGGGACCCUGAAACGGCAACGACACCUUUCAAGGUGAAACUUCUACUGGUCAUAGCUAUUGCCGCCCCAUUGCACGGUGAUGCCCAAGCCUAUACUGAACUGGCUUCCAAAGCCAGAUCAUGGAUCCAUAUCGCUCAAGGAUGGCUUUCCGCGCCUUUUGAGAAGGAUCGUUUGACUCUAGAUGGGAUUCAGAUCCAUUGCCUGCUUCUAAUUGCUCGUCAAGUAAACCGGGUAGGAGCAGAUCUGGCCUGGAUUUCGGCCGGUUCAUUAAUCAGGAUGGCCAUGCAGAUGGGCUUGCAUCAAGAUCCCAGCUGCCUAGGCGAGAUGACUGUGCUUCAGAAGGAAUUACGAAGGCGACUGUGGUAUACAAUCUUGGAGCUUAAUGUACAGGCUGCGUUGGAUUCAGGUAUGGAUCCCAUGAUGACAGCUGCAGACUAUAAUACCCAGCCACCAUCCAACCUGGACGACGACGAUUUGGUCGAGGCAUUUGGAGAAGGCCCUACAGCCAAAGCAAGUUCCAUAUCCACCCAGACCUCGGUCCAGCGUCUGCUGGCGGACUCUCUGCCUUUAAGACUGGAAGCUACAAGAGUCAUCAACAACUUGCAGGACGAACCUUCAUAUGACCAAGUUCUUCGUCUUGGGAAUGAGCUGGCGUCAGUUUGCCGUAGUGCAACGAUCUUCGUGGAUCAACACAUGUCAACUGAGCAUGACAUGCUGACUCAUGAAGCACGUCGGUUCAAAUAUAAUUUCUGCGCGCAUUAUCUGUGUCGCUUCCUCCUAAGUCUCCACUAUCCGUACGCAAUCCAGAGCAAAGGCAAUCCUCUAUACAGUUACUCCCAGAAACUGUGUCUCGAAGCUGCCCUUGACUUGGUUUCGCUCCUCGAGGACAAACUGUACCGUCGCUUGCUACUCUCUGGGGGUGGCAUGUUUCGAGAUAUUAUCACCCGGGGUGCCGUGGUCUUAUUCCUGGAACUCAUCACACAACUGGAAGCAAACAACUCUAUAUUAUCAAAGCAGCGAAACCGUGCUCGCAGAGAGCCAUUGCUGGAAGACGCGCGCAAGGUGGUGCAAUAUACGCAUGAUAGACUGUGGUAUGGUGAAACAAACGUCAGAGGCUACCUUUUUGUCUGCAUGGCAAUGGCCCAAGUAGAGGCACUACUUGAUGGACUUCCCGUCAAAGAAGCUGUAAUCAAUGCGGCCGGCCAGAGCUUGGCAGUAUGCGGCCAUAUUUUGGAAUCCAUGGCGGCCAGUUCCCUCUCGACCAGUGCCAGUCCUCCAGAUAUUGCAUCCUGGACAUACGGGGAUAUGCUGGCUAUGCCUACAAUGGCCGAUGCCGACUUGGACUUUCUGAGCAACGAGAACAUCAAUUUUGACCUUUCGGAUCCUUAUUUUGUUCAGCAAUGGACAGAUCAAUCUUGGCUCCAGCAUUAG